CGGUUCAAGUCACUCGAUAGUGAAAACUAGAAAGUCGGUGGAAAAAGUGCACGGCUGCGGUGAAUAUAUUUUAAGAUGGUAUCGAUUCUAUGGACGCCUUCUCCAUGGUGUUUGGUUUGCUGUGUAUUGUUUUUGAACGCCCACGCCGAGCCGGACCAAACUACACCCGGUGGUGACAAAAUCGUGGGCGGUGUGGUAGCCAAACGGCACGAGUUCCCUUUUCAAAUAUCACUUCAGUGGAAUCUCGGUCCGAACAUAACCCGCUCACCGAUCCACUUCUGCGGUGGGUCCCUGCUCAACCGGAACUGGGUCGUUACGGCUGCUCACUGUCGUGUGCGCUACACGAGACGUGGCUGGAUCGAAGUUGUGGCCGGGGAACACGAUACCACCCGGGAUGAAGGCGAUGAACAGAGAAGACGCGUGGUUAAGUUCAAUGUCCACCGGCGGUUCUGCGGCGGAGUUUGCCCGUUCGAUAUCGGACUGAUUCAGGUUGAUAAGCCAUUUGAGAUGAACGAGAAUGUUAGCUCGAUUGCCCUGCCGAAGCAGUAUCAGCAGUUCUCCGGUGAUUGCAUUGCGUCCGGGUGGGGAUCUACGUCCACCACGGAGCGGCCGAUGUAUCCGGAAAAGCUGCGGAAAGCAGUACUACCGAUAGUGGACUUCAAGACGUGCUACACAUUCUGGUUCCAGGACGGUACGCCGGAUGUUCUUUCCAACAUCUGUGCCGGGCCAGAGGAUGGAUCGCGCAGUGUUUGCUCGGGAGACUCUGGCGGUCCGUUGACUCAGUUGGACGAAAAACGGAACAAGACGGUUCUGGUGGGAGUGGCGUCCUGGGGAGCGAUCCCGUGUGGAAUGGAACAGAAACCGGCUGUUUUUACAACUGUGGCGAACUAUGUCGACUGGAUAAAGGAGAAUAUGAGAUAGAGUUUAGACUGGUGGAGUGAAAGAGCACAACGCAAUACAUUAUUUGUCAUUUUUUUUAAAUUGUGUUUUGAAUA